CCGUCCUUGGUCUAAUGACUUUAUUCAAAACCGUAAAUUACUACUUACGACAAAAGAAAGAAGUUUUAAAUAACUGAGUAAUCGAGGUCAUGUCCAGUGGAGUAAUUGUUACUGGUUGAACUAGUCUCCACAGCUUAGCCUCUGUGUCGUCACUUCUGGUUUAUUAUUUUGGUUCAUUCAAAGAGGGUGUAUAACAUUACAUUGGUGGCUAAAUUACGGACAAUCAUCAAGAAGACAUUGUAGCGUAAGCAUCAAUAUUUGGAUUGCAACUCGAACCAAAACAAAGCUGGGAAAAACGUUCCUCGAGUUAUUUCAAUUAUAUCUUGUAAUCAAGGGAUUUUUUUACGUUUGCUGAGCAAAUCAAGGUCUCCUAUGGUAAAAUGGAUUUCUGUUCUUCCGAAGGAAAUAUCUAAUGCUGGGAAUCCAGAAUUUCGUGUUAGAGUAUUUGCGAACAGCACUGACAGAUAUUCGGCAUCCGUAUCACAUACGAGUGUCCUUAAGAUAAAGUUAACCCCUUGGAUUCUACAAUUACGCCGAGUACACUGAGCUCUUCUUCAGUGAAACUCUAGAAUGGAUCUAUCCAAGGACCUGAGUUAAACCGUGUGCUAUUAACAAGAGAAGAGAGUUUCAAAGUCAAAGUUAAAGUCUCUGUAGAAACGGCUAAAUGAAGGAGAACAUCCUACUGAAGUAGUUCAAGCAAAGUUUGAAGUGAUUUUUCCACGUCAUCGGAGUCGAGAAGUGAAGGUUUACUCCCUGAUUCCCCGCCGAAUUGCGUGAUUUACUAGUUGAGAUAAAUCUCUAUAAAUUGAAAUACGUCAUGAAUGAAGAACAUAUCAAACUGCUAAUUCUGUGGAUUUUCUAUCUUUCUUAUAUGCUAUUAGGAACGCUUAUUUUCAACGAACUUGAAUAUGACAACGAGCAAAGACAAGUAAAGUAUUUCAAGGACCUCUUUGAAGAUUUCUACUCCAAAACUAAUGUAUCUAAAUCAGACAUUGAAAUGGCUUUGAGCAUUUUCCGCGACUCUUAUUCUCUUGGAAUCGAUCCUUCAGUACACUACCUAAGCAAGUGGGAUUUGGCUGGAUCGUUUUAUUUCGUGGGUACUGUCAUUACGACCAUUGGAUUUGGGUACACAGCACCUGUGACAAGACUUGGUCAGAUCUGCUUCAUCCCUUACGCCCUUAUCGGCAUACCACUCAACAUCCUGCUGUUCAAUACCCUUCUAGAGCUAACAGUACAGCUAUUCACCUUUUUUCUUCAUCACUGCUACCGCUUUUGGCGGGCUGUUAAGCGACGAAUCGCAAGACAAAACACGAGUUCGAGUUCGUGGGAACCAACUGCUACUUCAAUAGCGUUCCUCUGCAUGAUUUCCGUAAUUAUCAUCACUGUUGUUAGCGCUCCAAUGUUCCUGUUUCUCGAAGGAUGGUCAUUCUUUGAAUCUGUGUACUUUGCUGUUGUAGCAUUCACAACGGUUGGCUUUGGCGAUUUUGUUCCCAGUGGAGCUCACUCUGGGUCUGGUCAGAACUUAACGCUUCAUUACAAGAUCGGUAACUGGCUCGUAAUCCUCAUAGGUAUGGUUUUUACCUACCCAGCAAUGGCUGUAAUGGCGAGCGUUUAUAAAAAUCUAUUAAAUUUUGUCUUCGAGAAGUGUCGAAAAUUUAUCGCCAAGAAGACGAAUCGCGUAAUUGAUCGUCAUGCUUCGUCGUCUACAGAACACGUAGGGGGGUGGACAAGGGAUAGAGGAGGGUUAAGCGCGGAAGAGAAAGAAAAAAUCACGGUUCGACACGUUUUGAAAACGUGGAAAGGAUUAAAGAAAGAAAACAAUAUAGGAACGAUAAAUACUGUCGAAGCGUCGAUACUCCGAUCUCGACUUUCACCGAAUAAUCGAGGCGAUCAAGAGAGCACUUCAAAAGUCGGCAUAGCUGAAGGACUAGAAACAAUCGAUGAACUAGACGCAGCUGAAGCAAGGCUGACUAGAGAAUAURAACAAUUAUUGAACGACAUCAAAGAACAUAGAGACUCGAUUAACAAUAAAUCUGUACCAAAUGAUAUGACUGCUACAGGAGAGAGCAUUGGGAUGACCAACGAAGGUAUUAGUAUAGCUAUAAGCAUUUGUUCUCCUCCUGUUAGUGAAAGGAAAGAGGUGCUUUCUUCACAAUCUGAGACAACAAAUCUAUCGCCGUCUCCACCCAGUACGGACUAACACCCUCCCCACCCAGCUAGUAUAGACUAAAGGCCGGCUUAGACGGUACGAUUUUCGCCUACAACUAUGAUACAACACGCUCGCGCCAUCCUAUGACUCGAGUCGUAGCCGUGUAAAUCAAGCCUACAACUCGCCUACGACAGACGCGAGCGUGUUGUAUACGCUAGUUGUAGGCGAAAAUCGUACCGUCUCAACCGGCCUUAAGACCGUCUUCACCCAGUACAGACUAAUACCCCAUUCACACCUAAACGUGUUUAGUUAAACUAUGUUUUCAUUAGGAAAAAAUUUGAGAAACUGGAAACCUACAAUAUAAUAUGAAACUUUCUAAAAUAUUGUCACAGCAACACAAAGGAUAGUUUACAUGCAUUAUUUCACCAAAUAUUGUGCAGUGUUGGUGGAUAGUUUUCCAAACCUGUUUAGUUAAACCACUUUUAAACAUGUUUAAGCCUUGGUGUGAAUGGGGUAUAAGACUGUCUCCACCAAGCACGAACUAACACCCUCACCCAGUAUACGGACUAAGACCGUGUCUCCACCCAGAAUGGACUAAGACCGCGGUCUCCACCCAGUACGGCCUAAGACCGCGGUCUCCACCCAGUAUGGACUAAGACUGCGGUCUCCAACCAGUAUGGACUAACACCGCGGUCUCCACCCAGUAUGGACUAAGACCGUCGUAUUGUCAUGAUUUCUCUCCGUACAGACUGAGACAGGUAAAUAUAAAAUUGUCACCAGGCUAGGAGAGAUUGACCAAUUGAACAAUUGACUCUCGCAAAUUUAAACGUACUUAACUUCAGUAACUACUUAAUAAUCAAAGCUCUGAUCUAAGAAAAUACAUGCAUUUUUUCCAAUAACCGUACUCUAAGAUGAAGUGACAAUAAAAAAUCUGAAAACUUUAAAAAGUUAAAAUGGAUUAAUYAUUAAUUAUGAUUUAUUAAGCAUGUCACUAAAAUUCAAAUAAGARUGUGGGCUCAUUUGUGACCUUUCACGGUGGCAACAAGCGCAACUUGAGUAGCAACAGAGUGGUUAGCAGUACAAAUAAAAACAAAAUAAAGAAACACGCAUUUUUUAUCUCCAA